AUGGUUCGCGGCGCCGAGUACGACAACGGAAUCCCCCAGUCCGACAACCCCAUCGAGGCCGGCGAGAACAAGAUCCACGGUGCCGGCAACGACAAUGCCCCUCUGAACCACACCCAGAAGGUUGCCCCCAUGCCCGAAGAGACUGGCUCACAGCGCGAGGUCUUUGGCGGCCUUCCCAACAGCGGCCACCCCCACUCUGGCAGUGGUAAGGGUGGCCACGAGCCCAAGACCCUUGGCGAGAAGAAGGGUCUUGGUUCCCAGCCCGGUGUUUAA